UGCUGUACUGCUACGAAAUCCGUCAUCCACUCAGCUUGGGGUCGUCUCACUGCAUGUACGGCGAUGCUAAUUUUCAGUGGAUCCGGCAACAGGGGACACAGUAAACGACACAGAUGUGUACAAUUUGAUAUAAUUAUGGAUAAUAGUAUAAUUGUAAAAUAAAAGUGUAAUUGUAAACAAUAGUGCAAUUGUAAAUAAUAAAGCAACUGUAAAUAAUAGGGUAAUUGUAAAUAAUAGCUCAAUUGUGACACUGUAAUAAUUAGCAUUCAGAAAUUCUAUUAGUACUAGCCAAAGUUAACAAUAAAACGCCCACAUAUCCGACACAUCGGCAGCUAUGCUGGACAUUGCUGAAUAUUAAACGGCACAAAUACGCCUUAAGUAAUUUAAAAAAAGUAAAACGUGACGAAAAGAUAUGAGUAACUUUUACUAUGGACACCCUACUGAAAUAGACUGUUCCAUAGAAAGGGUUCCCAUGGUAACAGAUGCUUAGUUUCACGUCCUGUACAAGUUUAAAAGGAUGUCAGAUAAUUUUAGACCUUACUUACUAAACGUCAAAGUGUUCAGUGAAUCAAUGCAAAAAUGGACUCAUUCAGUGAUAUAAGCAGUAACAUACUAGUAUGCCGAGUGUGCAUAUCUACAGAUGUCAAAUUGUACAAUUUAUUGGACCACCGGCUUGCCGAAACAUUUCGAGACUUCACUGGGAUUCCGAUAUCCUCUUCAGACAAUCUACCAAAGUACAUUUGUACCUUCUGCAGACAUUUGUUGAUAAAAUCAUUGACGUUCAGAUGCAAGUGCCAUGAUGCUCAGUUGCUGCUGCAGGAGCACUGCUCGGGAGGGUUUACAUUUACAAAAACAUCAGUUUUAGAAAGCUUAGGCAAAAAAGUACCUCUAAGCAUUUGUAAGUUAGAAAAUAUAAACUAUGUGGAAAAUAGUAAAGAAAAUCAUAUACCUAUAGAAGAAAUCAAAGUAGAAAACGUUGAAUUCGAAAAUGAAAAUUAUGAUCCCAUAGAUAACGAUAAUUUUCAUGAUUUAAAUGAUAAUUUUAAUGAUAAGUGUGAUAGUUUUCGUGAUAAUGAUCGAGACAGUUUAGAUGAUAUACCAUUAAGUGAACUUAAAAGUGAUAAUUUAAAAGAUAAUAUUAUGUAUAAUAAUUCGAAAAAGAAAAAGAAGACAUAUAGAAAGGUACAAAAAGAUAAGAUUGAAGAAUUUACCAAAACGUACAUUGAAAACAACGAUUGUAAUAAGAAGAAAUCAUUUUACAAUUAUAUCCUUAACAAAUAUAUUAAAAGUUAUACUAAACCAAAAGAGUACAAUAACAUCAAAGAUGCUGUAAAGGCGGAAAACUCAAUUUUCAUUUCCAUAGACAAUGGUGAAAUUACAGAAGAGAAUAUUAAUUUAAAUGAUAAAAUAAAAUCCAUAAACCCUAUAGAUACAAAUAAAAGAAAAUUCUACGAUUUCUUAAUUCAGAAAUACAGUAAGAAAGCUACCGAAAAGAAAAAAAUCACCGACAUAACGCGCAUGCGUCCUGGUAAAGUGAAAAAACAAAAACAGUACAAAUCGAAAUCCAUAGAGGAGUUGCAAAAUUUCUCAAUAACCUAUCAAGUGGAGAUACUGCAGUUAACAAGAGAAGAACAAGUACAAGAUGUCUUAAGCAGGAAAGAGACAGAAAAAUUCCAAAAGGCUGCGUUCAAGUGUGAAGAAUGUUACAGGGGCUUCACUGCAGAGAAGGCUUUUCAAAAUCACAUGGCUAUACACGAUCCUAGCAUCGGUCCCCAUGCGUGUGAAAUCUGUCACGUUCGUUUCCCGAAACGAGGCCGGCUCACGAAGCAUAUGCAGUUGCGUCAUAAACUGAAAUUCGUCUGUCAAAUAUGUCAUCAAGUAACUAGAAACAGUACAUGCGCUAGACAUCAUUACAAAUGCCACGCCGGUUUUAAGUACGAAUGUGAACAUUGUGGAAAAGUUUUCAGCAAAUACGGAUCUCGCAUGAACCACAUUCGCAUCUUUCACGGCUCUGUAGCCUGUGACAUAUGCCAGGAGUCAUUCUCGUGUGAGACUGGGCUGGUUGCGCAUAAAACUAAGGCACAUAGAGAGCUUUUCAAAUGCGUCACAUGCGGUGUUCAGUUCCACAAUCCUCACGCGUUAAAGAAACACGCGGACACCGCUCCUGGCGGAGUCUGUGGACCGCAUAUUAGGCCAUGCACUCAAUGUGGAGAUAAUUUUGAGUCAGAAGAGCAAAUAAAGGUUCACAUGCACCACUACCACAAUAAACAAAGACCUAUACGGACGUCUGCUAAACUUGAGAAACCAAAUGAAGACAAACCAAACGUCCGGUGGUUAGCCAAAAAAUACUCCAGAAACUACAACACUACAUCUCCGGACACCACACUAGAUGACACCAACCUUCAAGCUACUACAAUAAACGCUCCUAUACCCAAUCCCACCUUUAAUAUUGCACACAGUACAUUAGAAAAUACAAAUUUUUCAAUCGCAACACUACCUGACACAAAUUCAACGGUCUCUAAUGUAAACACUAGUUUAGAAAACACUACUUCAACCAACGUAUUAUCAACAACUAACACUACAUAUAAAAAUGCUUUUGAUAAUGCAAGAAAGAAAGUUUCCUUCGUAAAAAAGAGAAGAACUAUAAAUUAUGGAGCUCCGCAAAAAUUGAUGUGUGAGAUGUGCGCAGCUGAUGGGUUUGCCAGUGAAGCCGUGCUGCGCUAUCACCAACGCAUCCACACCGGCGAGAAACCACACCCUUGCCCGGAGUGCCCCAAGCGGUUCCGCAUCAGAGAACUCUUGCAGAAGCACCUACGCACUCACACUGGCGAUCGACCGUACAAAUGUGCUCACUGCCCUAAAGCCUUUAAAACUGCGUCUGCGCAUUACACACAUCAAGUGGUCCAUACGAAAAUCCGGCGUCACCGCUGCCACCUCUGCGAAAAGACUUUCCUCACAUCAACAUGUGUGAAAACGCAUAUCAGAUCUGUUCACAUGAAGAUACCACAACCGAACAGGGUUAGAAGGGAUGACUUGUACGGCAGUGGACUUAUGGAGUACUAAUAUGGCCAACAUAGUAAUGUUCCGGGCGAUUGUUUGUAUUUGAUAAAAAAAACGUGUUCUUUCUUGGAAUGUUUUCAAUCAAAUGGACUUGUGUAAUAAAGAUUUUGUUACU